UGUAAAUGUGGAAUGAGUGCUUGUAGAGAUCAUAUGAUCUUGCAAACAUUGAAGCAAUGAAUCAAACUCAAUCAAGGCAGCAUUUAUGAUGCAUCAAUGUCACUGGAAACUUUAGUAUAUUGUAUAAUUGUAAAUGAGGCCGGGCAUUUUACACCACAGCAGAUAUCUUUAUCACCAUGGUAUGGUUUUAUCUGGAAUAUCAUUUUGGGGGAGGACUUUGAGAUGCGUGCUUGAGGAUGUUGUAAAGACUGUCAAGGGGCAACGUGGACUGCUCCUGAAUGGAAGAAGCAUCCAUGAUCCAUGUGUCUACUUGAAGCAAAGCUGUAAGAUGCGCCCAAUGUGUUCCAGCUCGGCGGCGUCUAAAGGUAUCGCUGCCAUCGUUGGCGUUGGUCCUCGGCUUGGCCGCUCCAUCGCUCGCAAGUUCGCCCAUGAAGGCUACACUGUUGCCAUUCUCUCCAGAGAUUUAGGGAAGCUAUCUGGAUAUGCAGAGGAGAUAGCAAGGGAGGCAAUGGCACAGGUGUUUGCAAUCCGGAUCGACUGCGCCUCGACACAGUCGGUGCGUGAGGCGUUUGAGGGCGUGCUUUCUCUCGGCUAUGUGGAGGUGCUGGUCUACAAUGCAUGUGCCCCUACAUCCAUUAAUCCUUUGCGUUUCUCCGAUGUCUCUGUUGAUUCCUUUCAGACUUCUCUCGCCGUCUCCGCUGUUGGCGCAUUUCAGUGCUCCCAACUGGUGAUACCGGGUAUGGUGGAGAGAGGGAAGGGAACAAUAAUUUUCACAGGUUCAUCAGCUUCAGUUAAUGCUUCUGCAGGCUUCUACGAACUAAGUUGCGCGAAAUUUGCUCUGCGAGGACUCGCGCAAUGUCUGGCCAAGGAAUAUCAAGCUUUCGGUGUUCAUGUAGCGCACGUCAUCGUCGACGGCCUCACUGGAGAUUCAAGAACAUCAAAGGAAAACCAGAACCAAAAUGGUAUGGACCCGGACGCGAUCGCGCAGACAUACUGGCACUUGCACAUCCAAGAUAAACGCGCGUGGACGCAUGAGAUCGACAUACGUCCGGCGACCUCCUGAACAUCAACUUAAGACGUUCUUAACACCAGCUCGAAAUUCUCAUUUUCAUCAUUCAUCAUUAUUCGGUAAUGAUUGGUCAAGUGUGAUAUAGUUAUUAUUGGUUGUUCAUGUUGUUAUUUCCAUUUUUAUUUUAUCAUUUUUUUUGUUGUCAAGAAUUUAAAAUUUCAACUCACAAGUUUGAUUAUGGUUGUAUAUAUUCAUAAUAUACAACAUAAAAUAAAA